AUGGAGACCCGGGAUUCACAACCAGAUCUCAAGGUCCAAUCUAGUGCAUCAUUUGUGAAUAGCCUGAUAAAUGAUUUGGCGGAAUUACAACCUCUCAACACUGCUGCAAAUGAACCUGACCCGCCAAGGACGCAACGAGUGCUCCAUGAGAAACACCCUCAGAAUCCACUUUCGAGACUACCAGCAUCACAAUUAGCAAGGGCAAAGCCUCUAAUGUUGACUUUGCAUUGUCUCUUUCCAAAUGAUCUCCUACCAGCUCUCGACAUAUUGGACCGCCGACUCGUACAUCGUCUCGUGCGUCAAGACAGAGCCAAUGUGCUUACCAUAGACGCUGACGACAACCAAACAGCCACACCACAAGAAAGCAGUACAAGUACAUUCGCCAAAGAAUCAGAAACAGGUCAUGCUCAUGCUCAUGCUCAAAACCAAGACCAUCAUAACCCACGAACACCACACGAAGACAUUUUUUUUGUCACAUCUGCAUCAACUGCCCCUCCACCAGGAACUCAACCUGUCCCUCAACAUCAAGUACAGGAUCAGAUGAAAGGGUACGAGGUUCGCUUGCAUGCAUGGAAUUGCACCUGUCCCACGUUUACUUUAUCGGCAUUUCGAGAUAUGCAAACUAGACGACUGGAUAUACCCACAGGGAAUUCCCCUGGAUCAGAGAUGCCGCGUGAUCAGAAGGGAACUAACAUCUAUCCAUUUGGUGGGACCCUUACAUGUCUCACAGACAGGGGUUCACCCCCAGUCUGUAAGCAUGUUUUGGCUUCUGUGUUGUUUGCUCGAUGCCCGGGCUUGUUUGGGGGUGAUGGAGACCGUAGAUGUCUGGUUUCGAUGGAGGAGCUGGCAGGCUGGUGUGCUGGUUGGGGCGGAUGA